GCAACACUUUCUCGUUGUAGUGUGAGGAGAUAAUUGUCUUACGAUCGUACUUAUUGUGCAAACAGUUGUUCUGUUGUUCCAGUGCUAAAACCGGUGUCACAAAUUUCACUUGCAAAUAAUCAAGGGGUAUCUUAGUAUCAUUGUUCAGCCUCGAUGCAACUCUAAUGAGAGCCCUGAUCCAUUGGUUACUCACUUCUAAGGGUUGACGUUUUUAAGGAUACGGCGAACAGACACACCAUGCAAAUCGAAGAUAUAGAUGAUCAUACAAAAGCGAUGCGAAAUGCCAUUGGCUCGGAUUGUCCUCAAGGAGGCAUGAACUUUCAAAAGUCAGGAUACAAAAAGCCGAAAUGGAAAGGGAGGCGAAAAGCUACCAUAGUUCGUGUUGGGAUCUUCUUCCUUGCCUAUAUUUUCAUAUUUGUGGGCGUAACGUAUUUUAGUGGAACAGACACUGGUAAAACAACAUAUACGUUCCUGAAGGACACCAGUAGUCGUGUGAAGAGGAGUCUAGGGUACCAGUCUUACAGCCAGACGAAUGUGACUUUCGUGACCAGAGUCAACAGCCGCCAUCUCCUCGAGUUGAACUGCACACCUCGGGCGAUUGACGAAUUCCCCGGCGACUUCUUCAGCGACGAGAUCAAGAAUCAGGGUGGCAUUGUAGUCCAUUUCCUCAUAUCCUUCUACCUCUUCGGGGCGUUGGCUAUCGUCUGUGAUGACUUCUUCGUGCCUUCAUUGGAGCAGAUAAGUGACAAGCUUGGCCUUCAACCAGAUGUUGCUGGCGCCACCUUUAUGGCCGCCGGAAGUUCGGCUCCAGAACUGUUUACCUCCAUCAUUGGCGUCUUUAUUUCAAAAAACGAUGUCGGCUUGAGUACGAUUGUUGGCUCAGCUAUCUUCAACAUUCUCUGCAUUAUUUCCAUAUGUGGACUAUUCGCUGGGAUGGUGAUCCAUCUGACAUGGUGGCCGCUAUUCCGUGACACGUCCUUUUAUGCCCUCAGUGUCUGCGCCCUCAUUAUCGUUAUCAAUGACGGACUGGUAUACUGGUAUGAGGGAAUGAUCUUCAUCCUCAUGUACAUCAUAUACAUCCUUCUAAUGUACUUCAACCGCGGCCUUGAGGCCUAUUUCGUCGCCAAGGUGGCAGGCUGGCGGCGGCACAAGGCGCCCUCGGUCAGAGAGGAAAAUGCCGAGACCCAGGCUUUGCUAAACAGCAAAGAAUCCCUAUCGACGGACUCCAUGAAAUACGGUGAAGCGGAGUGCUCGUUUGGAGGAGGUUCGACCAAGGAGAGUGGCACAGAAGACAACAUUGAGGAAUUCGAAUCACCUUUGACCUUCCCAGACACUUGGUUCAAGAGGAUCACGUGGAUCAUUAUGCUACCAAUGAACUUGGCUUUCGUGGCAACCAUUCCCGACUGCAGAAGGCCCGGAUGUUGGCAGAAGCUCUUUCCGUUCACGUUUACUCUGUCCAUCGCGUGGAUUGCCGUUUGUUCUUAUAUAAUGGUGUGGAUGGUGACGAUCAUUGGCGAUACUCUGGGCAUUCCUGAUACGGUGAUGGGCUUGACACUCUUGGCUGCGGGGACCAGCGUACCAGAUGCAUUGGCAGGGAUCUUUGUAGCCAGAGAUGGGUAUGGUGACAUGGCCGUCUCCAACGCCGUCGGAAGCAAUGUGUUCGACAUCUUGGUGUGUCUGGGGUUGCCAUGGCUACUCAAGACGACAGCGGUGAAUUAUGGGAGCGUGGUAGACAUCAACAGUUCCGGUUUAGUUUAUACUGCAAUCAUGCUCUUAUCAACAGUGGUGAUAUUAUUUGGGAUGAUGCUAAUUGUUGGUUGGAAACUCAAUAAGAAGAUCGGGAUUUUCUUUUUCCUGAUAUACGUCAUUGUGACGGUCUUUGCCUGUUUGUACGAGUUGAAUAUAUUUGGUGAAUUUAACCCCCCAUCAUGUCCAAAAAUAUAACAAAGAGACAGCAAGGACGUUCAGUUUGACUCCUGGUGAGCGCAGUACUGGCUGGAAAUAUUGGGCGCUCUUCAUUCAGAUUUUACGGGAGAAGACAAAGCUUGUCUCCGGGAUUAUACGAAUUCUCUUUGUCCAAAUGUUGCCUGGCUUCGAUAAUAAAAAAGACAUCCGUAGAUGACAAGGCGAAAGGACCUAGUGUAAAUUUCUAUAAAUUGCCGCUGUUUUAAUUUUCGGUGUCUGGCAAAGCAAUGAUUUGCAGAGCUAUUAUUUCGUAGUCUUGAAUCAUCGACCUCCCUUUAGAAUGCACCGUUAUCCAUCUUUCGUACUAAACUUGAAGGCAUUUGCCAACUUUGUAACUGCAAAGUGAGGAUCACUCUAACUCGUUAGCAUUGUAAAUAGUUUGUAUGAUACUAUUGUAUUUUGAUCAGUAAACUAGGAUA